AUGUCGAGCCACGACUACGGUCGUCCCUCGACUGAUGACCAUGGCGAAGAUCGCCCGUUUCUAGAUGAUGAGCACGGCGAAGCAGGUGCCGGUGCGCAUCAAUCGCCGUGGACUCGCUUCAAGCGCCAGGUCUCUGCUACUUUUGCUCCCCUCGCCAGGCCUGAGGAGCUUCGCCCUUUGGAGCGAUUCCUCGUCAUCCUUUCCGUCGCGUUGCUCCUUCUUGCUGCCAUCUUUAUCGGCCUCUUUGCCGGAUCGCAGCACAAGCUUGCUCACCGUCCUGCCUCGCCCGCUCCCGUUCCUGGUCCGGGCAAUCCAAACCCUGAACCGCCCGUCGGCGAUAUCUGCACCACCAAGGACUGCGUGCUUGCGGCCAGCGAAGUGCUUCGCUCCAUCGACGAAACCGUAGACCCAUGCGACGACUUUUCUGCCUUCACCACCAACAACUGGGCCAAGUCUCAUCCCAUCCCCGCUGACGCUGGUCUGUUCGGUGCAGGUCAAUACGUAGCGAGCGAGAACGCCAAGAUCAUCCGACAGAUCAUUGCCGAUGCUCCUUCCAUCAAGGACCUCGAAUUUUCCUCUUUCAAGGAUGAACAGGCCGAGGCUGAUCAGCGUAACCUGGCCAAACUCAAGGGCUACUACGAGUCUUGCACCGACGUGAAUGCUCAGGACAAGCUCGGUGCGCAACCGCUGCUCGAUGUUCUGGACCACCUCCGUAUCCUUUUCCACCCUCAUAAGCACGGCAAGUACGAACAGGGAAACCCUCCUGACAUCUCACCAUCUGUCCUCUUCCACGUGCAGUCGGACGAGGCAGAGAAACCUCUUCCUCCCAACCAGCCUCCUAGACGCUCGCCCAAGCCUCAUCCCCCUCGCGAGAGCCCGCGCCCUGCUCCACCCUCGGGUGAAAGGCAAAAGGCUCUCACUGAAGCGCUCGCCUGGGCCCAUAGCCGAGGUCUUUCUGCCUUCUUUGAGAUCACAGUCGAUGGAGAUGCUGUCAAGGACCCUACAGCGGCAACGCCCUGGUUCUUCCCCUCCGGCCUGGGUCUACCCGACCAGGCCUACUACGAGGACCAGGACGAAGUCGACUUCUACAAGACUGUCGUGUCCGACGGUCUGCACGCCUACGACCGUGAGGCCAAGCGUAGCAAGGAUGGCAAGGCUGCCAAGAACAAAAAAGGCAACAAGAAGACCGACGAAAAGCCACGUCCUCCACUCGCGCCCCUCGCUGAGCAGGUGGUCGAGCUUGAACGUCAACUCGCCAAGAUCACUCCGGACUCCGAGGAAAUCACCGACCCUGUGGCCUCUUACAACCCCAUCAACUCGACCAAACUCGCUUACACCUUUUCCUCAAUCAGCUGGAACGACUACUUUUCCGCACUCACCGUUCGCACUCCCGAGACGCUCAUUCUCAGCAGCCCCAAGUUCGUCACUUCUCUCGAUGCCCUCAUCUCGCGCACCAAGACCGAAGUGCUCGAAGCAUACGUUGUAUGGACCGCUAUUCGAGAGCUCGGACCUGCCUUGGGUCCCAAUGUCAAGCUGCGUGCUGCCGCAGAGCGCCUGGAGAGGUAUUCCAAAGGCGUCGAAGAGGGUGCUAAAGAGGACCGCGAGACUGUCUGCUUGGGUCAACUCAACGCUGCUCUUGGCUUCAUGGCUGGACGCUACUUUGUGCGCGAGGCUUUCAAGGGCGACAGCAAGAAGAGGGUCGAGGAAAUCAUCCAUUCGGUCAUCAGAGCCUUCAAAUCUCGCCUGCCCGAACUCGACUGGCUGGAUGAGAAGACACGCAAAAAGGCCGAGGAGAAGGCUGAUGCCAUUCGCGUCAUGGUCGGCUUUCCCAGCACUCCCAACACCACCGACGCCGUCUCGGUGGCCAACUUCUACUCGGAUCUUGAUGUCGACCCGUCCAACUACUUUGCCAAUCGCCUGGCUUCCAAAACGCGCGCCGUCAAGCGCGACUGGGCCCAGGUAGGACGCAAGCUCAACCGCGAGCUGUGGGACAUGUUCCCCGCCGAGGUCAACGCUGAGUACUCGCCUCAAGGCAACUACAUUCUCUUCCCCGCUGGUAUCAUGCAGCCUCCGUAUUUCCACGUCUCGUGGCCUUCGUAUCUGCAGCGCGGUGCCUUUGGUGCUGUUGCAGGACAUGAGCUUUCACACGCAUUCGAUCCUGAUGGUCGACUCUACGAUAAGAAUGGCUACUUGCGCGACUGGUGGACCGAAACCACUGCCCAUGAGUUCCAAGAGCGUCAGACGUGCCUUGCCAACCAGUACCACUCGUACACCGUCUCGGAUGGCAAGGGAGGCGAGCUGCAUCUGCGAUCCAACUUCACCAAAGGUGAAGACGUCGCUGAUGCUGGCGGUGUGGCACAGAGCUACCGAGCGUGGAAGGAUGAGCUGGCUGCCGGGGGUGAAGCCGUAGAAGCAGCCAAUGCUCUUCUCCCCGGUCUUGGCUAUACGAGGGAACAGCUGUUCUUCAUCUCAUACGGUAUCAGCUAUGCACGUAACAUCAGGCCAAGCGAACAGGUCAAGAGGAUCCGCACUGACCCGCACAGCCCCAACAAGUACCGCAUCAACGGUGUGCUGAUCAACUCGCCCGAGUUUGCCGAGGCUUUCGGCUGCAAAGCAGGCAGGGACAGGAUGGCUCUUGACCCCAAACAGCGUUGCAACAUUUGGUGA